AUGGCCUCCCCUGCUGUCAACUUAGGCGAAAUCAAGAAUAUGUCUCCCCUUCAAGGUGUUUAUCCUCCUGCUCCAGCAGGCGGUGAACCAGGCUUCAUGACUACCAACCCAAUUUCACAAUUCUUGGCUAGAGUUUCUCAAAAUAUUAUCCAGCAUAGAAAUUCCUUGGAUUUGAUCAACCCCGGUGUUAUGGAAAAUAUCAAUAAGGAAGUUUCAAAAGAUGUGUUUUUAAGUCUAUACCAAUUCACAGGUUUAAAAGCAGACAUUAACAAAACUUUUGCCAUGAACCCAGUUUUCCAAAUUGCUCACAGUUUUGCUGUUGGUAGUAAAUUACCAGCUUACUCAUUUACCUCCAUUAUUGCUAAUGAUCAAGCUUUAGUUCAAGGAACUAUUGAUAAUGAACUAUCUUUAACUGGUAGAUUAAACUACAGCUGGGACAAGCAUAUUGUUUCCAAGAUUUCCUUACAAUUGGCUCACGGCCAACCAUCUAUGUGCCAAUUAGAACACGAAUAUCAAGGUAAUGACUUUUCUUUACAAUUGAAGGCUCUUAACCCUGAUUUCUCUGGCCCAAAGUAUAACGGUCUAUUAAUCGGUUCAAUUAUGCAAUCAAUUACUAAGAAGCUGUCUCUCGGUAUGGAAACUGUGUACAAUGCAAUGGAUCCAAAUGGUCCAGCACAAGCUGCUAUUUCUUUGGCUGGUAGAUACAAUGCAGGUGACUGGAUUGCAUCCGCUCAACUUCAAGCCCAAGGUGCAAUUGUUGGUUCUUUCUGGAGAAAGGUUGCACCAAAUUUUGAAGCUGGUUUAGAAACUACUAUUCAAGCAUCCCAACAGCCAGUUAUGUCUGAAGCUAUGAUGAUGCCAACGAUUCAAACCAACAUUGAAGCUAAUACUGUUCUAGGUGCCAAGUACGAAUUCAGACAAUCUAUUUACAGGGGUCAACUUGAGUCCAAUGGUGAUGUUUCCUUCAUGCUUGAACACAGAAUUUUACCAACAAUUGGCUUAAUCUUUAAUGGUUCUAUCAACCAAUUUAAAAAUACUUCUAAAUUAGGUUGUGGUAUUCAAAUCGAAACUGCAGGUAGUGAGGAAAUCAUGAUGAUGCAAAACGGUAUGGUUGAUCAAAACGGUAAUCCAAUCCAAGGUGCACCACAAAUGAACUAA